AAGUGGGGCGCGGCGGGCGGGGCGCCGCGCUUCGCCGUCCGCCGGCGGCGGGAUGGCCUCGGCCGUGUUCGAGGGCACCUCGCUGGUGAACAUGUACGUGCGGGGCUGCUGGGUGAACGGCAUCCGGCGGCUCGUCAUCAGCCGGCGGGGCGACGAGGAGGAGUUUUACGAGAUCCGCACCGAGUGGUCGGACCGCAACGUCCUCUACCUGCACCGCAGCUACUCCGACCUGGGGCGCCUCUUCAAGCGCCUCCUCGACUCCUUCCCCGAGGACCGGCCCGAGCUGUCCCGCUCCCCGCUGCUACAAGGGCUCAUCACAAUAAAAGAAGCCCAUGACAUAGAAGCCAGACUUAAUGAAGUGGAAAAGCUUCUGAAGACUAUUAUAAACAUGCCAUGGAAGUAUUCAAGGUCUGAAGUAGUCCUCACGUUCUUCGAGAGAUCUCCUUUGGACCAAGUUCUAAAGAAUGACAAUGUCCAUAAAAUUCAGCCAAGCUUUCAAAGUCCAGUCAAAAUAUCAGAAAUCAUGCGAUCAAAUGGAUUUUGUUUAGCAAACACUGAAACAAUAGUCAUCGACCACAGUAUACCCAAUGGAAAAGAGAAGCACCUGGAUGUAGACUCAGCAGAACACUUGUUCGAGAGUGUGAGUGACUUUACCUCAGAGCUAGAAGACAGCGAUGAUCCAACAGCUUAUGUCACCAACUUGACAUACUACCACCUGGUCCCAUUUGAGACUGAUAUUCUGGACUGAGGCUGUUCAACGUUGCAGUCAGCCAGCAUCCAGCCGACCUCUUCGUCCGUAGGUGAAUCCUCUGCUCUCUCCAGCAUUGCAGCUCUGUGAAUAUGGCUGUGCAGACAAGACCAACAGCAGAGAAGUUGCAGCAAGUACACCACAAAGCUGGCUUCGGAGUCUGGCCUUCCUAUGUGUCUUGCAGAGACAUCUUGUACGGAGGUAACUGCUUCGCUGCUGAGAACAAACUUGUUUUCCAUGAAAGCAAGGCAGCAGAGGCUUCCUGGGGCUCGAGGAAAUCUCUGCAAUGUCUGUGGCAACUGCGACUGUGAUACAGCCAUUAAAACUUGUGCUGUGGUGUACUGUCACCCAUACUCCUUGGCUUGCAGUGCAAGUUGAGGCUUCCUCUUUCAGGAUUCCACCAGAAACUUCACCAGAUGUCUCGACCACACUUUUUAUGCUAUGUAAGCAAGAAGGCAAGCAAACCAGCUGAAUUUUGUCAGUUCCCUCUGUGGUUGCUAAAUGGAGGCUUUGCAGGUCACUUUUUGCUCAGCUACCGGAUGACUGGUGCCUUACAUGAGAUGUCAGAAAUACCAUUGAGUGCCUCCAGGCUACAGGACACAUGAGCUGACUGCUUUACUUCUUUUAAUCGUGGGUUUUUAUAAAAUCCCAGAAGAGAUGACUACUCCUUCCCUCUUUCCAGGAGUAAAGCAGACAGCAGCUGGCAUUGCAAUGGACUGCACACAAUGUUUGGGUACCUGGAUGAUGUCAGAGAUCUGGAGAGCUGAUGGGAAAGCUGAGCUGCCCUUCUAAGAAUGGUCAAGGCUAUGACAGGCACUUGGAUAUGACUUUUGUCACGUGGACCAGAAAAUGUGAAUGGUGCUUACAGUUGUUUACAUCAGAGAGAUAAUUUCCUAUGCAUAUUUCUCCCUAGAGGAUGGGGAGGAAGCCAAUGAGAUUUAUAACAUGUUUGGACUGAAAAAAAAUGAUAAGCUACAGCGUGUCUACAGUGGUAGGAAAUACACCCUCUCCUGGGCCAGUGAGGCUCAAGGAGUCUGUCUAGCUUUCUGGGAUAUGCCUGGGGGCCUGGUGCAGGCCUUGUCACGUAAUGCUGUUGGUUUCAGUGGCGUUAAGACAGUGGGAGCAAGAGUGGGAUUGGACCCUACAGCAUCUUGGCUACUGAGUAGUGCAAGGUUAAAAUCUCUUUGCGGUCUCUCUCUUGCAGAGUGCUGUGAACUCCCAGCUCUCAUUGUCAGCACUCAACACUCACCAGCGUGACCUGUCAUUGGGCUUUGUGAUCUGAUUGCAAACGUGAAUUUGAAAGGAUUGAAAUGGGGAGGAGUGUGUUUUGGAUGUGUUUCCUUGUAAUGGGGCUUGUGUGGUCCUGAAGAAGUUGGUACAAUUCCUUCUGCAGACUUUUCAUUUCUAUCUGUAGAAUAACAGUCAAACAGCAUUUGCUAAUGUAAAUAAUAAAUUAUUGAGAACCCUAAUUCUUUUACACAGUAUGUUUUCAAAAUAUAUUUUAAUGAAAUAAAAUAUAACUCGCCUUCAGUAAAA